AUGCCUAUUUACUUGAGUAUGCAGCGAGUCCGCUUUUCCAGUCCUGAUGCCUAUGAGAAAUUCAAAGUCCUUUUCGCCGACACACGUCAUCACCUAAUGAAACUCCCCGGGUUUUUACACCUCACCUGGUGGGAGCACCCCGAUGAUCGAAGCUGGUACAACGAGUGCAGCUUCUGGACUAGUCGCGGUGCUCUCUACGACUGGCAUAAGAAUAUUUACCAUAAAUACUGCAAAACAUGGGCGGCAAAUGGUGCUAUUAUGGAGAACAUUAUUACCAAUUUCGAGCUUGUCGGAACACGCCUACUCCGCAUUUGCCCCGUCUGCAACCACACGCAAGAUAAGAAGUAUGACCUUGCACAAGAGCAAGCCGUGUUGCAAGAGCAAUGCCCGCAGUGUGGCUUCCAUUUUCCGGUUCUUGGAGAAAUGACGUCUAGCUUCGCAGUCUUUAAGGAUGUGCCUAACUUGCCGGAAGAGGCUUGCUCUUCUACAGAUGCACAACAUUGA